UUUUCCCUGGGUUGUGGGGAGGAGUUUGGGAGCCGCCGGAAAAGGCGGCCGAGCCGCUCGGAGGACAUCCUCAUCAUCCGACAGAACAGCUACGAAUCGCGAAGUUGACCCCUCACUCUUUGGCCGAGGGAUGAGGAUGUUUCAGGACCCAGGGAUGGGCGGGAAGAAGCCGUGGGGAGCCACAAGUCUGCACCCAGGCGGAGAGGAGGCGGGCAGGAGCCGCUCCGCAGGCGCAGGCCCCCCCGCGCGCGCUGGCUUCCUAGAACAGGCAGCCAGCAGGAGAGAGAGGGAGCGAGCGAGCGAGCGAGCAAGCAAGGGAGCGAGAAGCGCUGGCAGAUCUGUUGCAAAAACACCAAAUAACGCCGUGGAGAUGCGCAGGGCCCCUCCGCCCGGGGCUGGAUCUUACCUUCCUCCUCGGUGCCCUCCCGAGGGGCGCUGCCCUCGGCUACGCGUAGCGGCGAGGACCGGCGCGGGAAGGAUGCUCCCGAAACCAGGAGCUCCCGGGGCCGGCGCGGGAGGGCGGGGGGCGCGCAUCCAUCCGGGGUCGCGGCGAGGGAGGCGUCCAGACCCGUGGCGUCCCCAGCCCCACGCCCCUGCCGGGGACGGUCAGCCAGCUAGACCUGAGCCGGUGCUGCUAGGAGUGGGCGCAAAGUAACUCCAUGGACGCUACUCACCCCCCCGCCCAAAAUAUAGCCUCCAACUGCGAUGGCCGCGGUCGGCACCAUUCACCAA